AUGCAGCUUGCCAACGAGUUUAGACAUGCCUACAGCAUUGCUUCAGGGCCCGAUCUCGCCGCAGUCCUGACGCCAAUUGCGACCUCGAAUAACCCAGAUCGGCUGCGAUCUUUCUACCAAUACACGAACAUUCAAUACCUCACCCAAGACCUCCACUCAAACCUCUUCCACGGCAAAAACCUGAAAGUACCGAAAAAUGAACAAGCUGCCUGGGUUGAUAUCUUCGCGGCAUACUGGGAAGCAGUGGGGGAGGUGCUAAGGUGCGAGGGCCGGCACCCUGGAGCCAGUGCAACUGCAAUCUUCACUGCCUGGAAGAAGGUUUCCAAUGCCCUUAUCAAAGGGUAUGCCGGAUCGAAUGGUCUUCCUGCAUGGACACUGCCGUGCUUGUACACGGUCGGCAAAUUUCUACGAACCUUUGCGAUCAAGGCAGACCUGGAGGUUGCGUCGCAGGGCUCCUCGGACUUUGGCUUCCAGGAUGAUCUUGCGGUGGAUGUAGAGAAAAAUGCAAACUUGGAGGAAGCUGCACGGAUCAUUAAUCGGAUGUUUACUCUUUGUUUGAGUGAUCGCGCCCCCAUUGAGGAGUCACGGAAGUGGGGAAUCUACGAAACUACCAACCUGCUUUUCAAGACUUACUUUAAGAUCAACUCGGUUGGCCUUACGAAGAACUUGCUGCGCGCAAUCAAUGCGCAAUCCCAUGAGCUGCCACCGCUUAGCGCAUUCCCAAAGUCUCACAUCGUUACAUUUGAGUACUAUCUCGGAGUCAUCCACUUUUUGGAUGAGCAGUACACACAGGCUGAGGAGCACCUCACUACUGCUUGGAGAAUGUGUCACCGUGGUGCUUAUAAGAAUCGAGAGCUGAUUCUUACAUACCUGAUUCCUUGCCAUCUGGUGACCACCCACACCCUCCCCAGCAAACAACUUCUUGCGCCUUUCCCCCGAUUAGAGCAACUCUUCCGUCCCUUGUCCAAUUGCAUUCGCAAGGGUGACCUCGUCGGCUUUGAUCAAGCCAUGUCUGCCGGAGAAGCAGAAUUUGUCAAGCGACGCAUCUAUCUCCCGCUAGAGCGUGGACGCGAUAUUGCGCUGCGCAAUCUUUUCCGAAAGGUCUUUAUUGCUGGUGGAUUUGAAGAGCCCAAAGAUGGCCAGCCUCCUAUUCGGCGAACCCGAGUGCCCGUGGCCGAGUUUGCGGCUGCGUUGAGAAUUGGAACCCAUGCAACAGGUCGAACACGGGUGGAUAUUGACGAGGUCGAGUGCUUACUGGCCAACCUCAUUUACAAGGGUCUCAUGAAGGGCUAUAUUGCGCGUGAACGCGGGAUGAUCGUCCUGAGCAAGAAUAAUACAGCUUUCCCAGGCACCGGCGUCUAA